AUGAAUUCUGAAAACAACUUUUCCCAAAUAGCUCCUCCUGUCUUUGAUGGUGAGAAUUACCAUCUUUGGGCAGUAAGAAUGGAGACUUAUCUUGAGGCUUUAGAUCUUUGGGAGGUCAUGGAGGAGGAUUAUGAUGUUCUUUCGUUGCUCGAUAAUCCCACGGUGGCCCCGAUCAAAAGUCAAAAGGAAAAGAAAAUCAAAAAAUCAAAAGCAAAAGCAACUUUGUUUGCCAGUGUUUCUCCGAUAAUUUUCAUGAGAAUUAUGAACUUUAAAUCAGCAAAAGAAAUUUGGGAUUAUCUGAAGGAAGAAUAUAUCAGAGAUGAAAGAAUACGGGGCAUGAAGGUAUUGAAUCUGAUAAGGGAAUUCGAAUCGCAAAAGAUGAAGGAAUCUGAGAUCGUCAAAGAGUACUCAAACCGACUUCUUAGCAUUAUUAAUAAGGUAAGAUUGCUUGGUACAAAAUUUAAAGAUUCAAGAAUUGUUGUAAAAAUUCUUGUUACAGUGCCUGAAAGAUACAAAGUAUCAAUUAUUACCUUGGAAAACAGAAAAGACCUGUCCAAGAUUACUUUGGUAGAAUUGUUAAAUACAGUGCAGGCGCAAGAGCAAAGGAGGCUUAUGAGGCAGGAUGGUAUGGUUGAAGAAGCUUUGGUAGCCAACCACAAAACUCAAAGCAAGG